CUGUCGGUGAAUACGGUGAAGCUCUUCUCUCAAGUCUCAGUGGACACUGACGUUUGUAGGUGGCAGCAUUACAAAGACGCUCUUUUCAGCGCUGUACGGGUUAGCUCAUCGGUCUCCAAACCGCUCCGCUACGACGCCAGCUGCUUAUUAUAAACAUUACAGAAGUAUUGUGUACUAAUUCGAAUAUAUUUUCCUCUCAUUACAAGAGGUUCUACAGGACCAAACGCAUCCGGCAAAAACGGAACAUUUGCAAUACAAUACAAUACUCGCUGUGCUGACAUAGCCUAUUUGUUUUUGGCUUUUAAGGAAACGUAUAGGACGAAGGCAAUCACCUUUGGCAUACCUGUUGUUUGCGAUUUCGGCCGUCUUUUCACUUGAGAGCGAUGAGACAUCAUCUUUCUUUUCCUGUUAAGCGGAGGCUCUGUGGCGGUCAGCAGUGCAGGCAGGAUCAAGAGGUAACUGUGUUUUGAUUCCCAGAACAGGGAAACUUUGGAUUGCAUAGGCUACGGAUGAUCCGGGGAGCUUCGAUAUAUCAAAUCUCGUGAGUGAAUAAUGUUUUGGAGAAAUUGUAGUUCUCCAUGAUAAGCAAACGACGAUACAGAAUGAACAGCGAGUCAAGGCAAAUAAUUAAUGUUUUCAUUUAGCCUAAUUUUGAUCGGCGAUCAACUUUUACAUCAUGAAAUCUCUGUUCUACAGUCGGCUUUUUAUUCUCUUGCCUUGGGCGUUGAUUGUUAUUAUCAUGAUUGACAUAGAUACCAAGAGGACUUCUGUCCGGAGCACUGCACACUUCUACCUCUCCCGGCUGGGGAAUCCACAGCGACAGGACCGGACACCCCGGACUGGCAGUAACCGCACUGCUCUGCCGGUAAUUUACGCCAUCACUCCCACCUACAGCAGAGCGGUUCAAAAAGCGGAGCUCACCCGGCUGUCCAACACCUUUCGCCAGGUGCCAAGCUUCCACUGGAUCGUGGUGGAGGACUCGAACGUACGCACGGAGCUGGUGUCGCGCUUCCUCGCCCGCUCCGGACUGCCGUACACGCACCUGCAUAUCCUCACGCCUCGUAGAUAUAAACGGUCCGGGAUGCCGCGCGCAACAGAGCAGAGAAACGCAGCUCUGGGGUGGCUGCGUCUGCACCGCGCGCCAAGGGACUCCGGGGUGGUGUUCUUCGCGGACGAUGACAACACGUACAGUUUGGAGCUGUUCGAGGAGAUGCGAUCCACUCGGCAGGUGUCCGUUUGGCCGGUGGGGCUGGUGGGAGGGCGCCGCUACGAGCGCCCCCUGGUGGAGAAGGGCAGAGUGGUGGGCUGGUAUACGGGCUGGAGGCCGGACCGACCGUUCGCUAUCGACAUGGCAGGGUUCGCGGUGAACCUCCAGGUGGUCCUGGCGAACCCCAGGGCCCUGUUCAAGCGCCGAGGGUCCCAGCCGGGCAUGCAGGAGUCCGACUUCCUGAAACAGAUCACCCGAGUGGAGCAGCUGGAGCCCAAGGCCCGGAACUGCACCCGGGUCCUGGUGUGGCACACUCGCACAGAGAAGGUGAACUUGGCGAAUGAGCCCAAACACAGGCAGGACUCUGUUCUGAUAGAGGUGUGAGGAGGAGGGGGUAGCUGACCCAAAUGGACUUUAAGACUGAGGCCUCUCAUUCUCACACUGGUGCUACCACUGACAGCAGCACUCACCCCAGCUGGCCCCUCCCACCCUUUGUGACAUCAGCCCCGGUUCCCGAGAGACCGCUGCCCGGCGACCAGCAGGCUGUGCAUCAGAACUACAGGAACGGACUACAACGUUCACUCCUCUACUCCAAAUGACUCCAUUUUAAAAUAAAGGAGAACAGACUGAAUGACAAAAUAAAAAAACAUCUUUACAAUAAACGAGUCAUUGGACAAAAACGAU